UCUUCUUACAAGCAUCAGAGAAACAUGCACCCGCACGCCAUUAAGUAUACUUACUAUAUUUACUUAAGCAAGUAACCAGCCAUGGUUAAUUUGUUAACUUGGGUGUGAUCAAGUUUCAAGAACAACUAGCUAGCUUCCCCAAUUGAUUCUAUAAAUAUAAAUUCUGUAAUCAAUUGUUAUAUUGUAUAAUUACAGACACGCACAACAUGUCUGUAUUUGAGGAGCUCUACCCUUUGCUUAAUUUGACACUUACAGAAAAUGUUCGAAUUUCACAAGGAUAUCUUUUCAGGAACAUUACUGAAUCAUUGUCAAUGGCUAGUUGUGGUGACUCAGAUGAGUUAGACCCGUGCCGUAAUGAUAAGGCUGCUUUCCUGCUUAAAUUUGUGGCCAUUGCUGCCAUUCUUCUAACUGGAAUCGUAGGCGUUUCUAUUCCAUUGGUUGGCAAGAACUGGAGGUUCCUAAGAACCGAUUCCAAUAUCUUUUUUGCUACCAAGGCGUUUGCGGCUGGUGUCAUCUUAGCUACCGGAUUUGUGCACAUGCUACCAGAUGCUACAGAGGCCUUAACAAACCCAUGUCUCCCUGCAACCCUUUGGGCCCGGUUCCCCUUUUCCGGUUUUAUUGCAAUGAUGGCUUCUUUGACCACAUUACUUGUUGACUUUGUUAGCACUCAGUACUAUGAGAGUAAAAAAGUGAACAAAAUCCAUGAUGUUCAAGAUAAUUUAGUUACUUCUGAUACAGAAUCUUUGAUAACUCCUGUGGCCGUUAAUGAGAAUGAGAAGGUGUUUGGGGAAGAAGACAGUGGUGGGAUUCACAUAGUGGGAAUUCAUGCCCAUGCUGCACAUCAUAGUCACAGUCACAAAGAAGCAAGUGAGCAUUCGGAAGGACCCUCGCAUAUGCAUUCCCAUGGUCUAAAUGAUGAUGCUGAAGACAGUGUUCGGCAUGCCGUUGUUUCACAGGUGUUGGAACUCGGAAUUGUGUCACAUUCAAUCCUAAUCGGACUUUCACUAGGCGUUUCACAAAGCCCGUGUACCAUUAGACCAUUACUUGGAGCAUUAUCAUUCCAUCAAUUCUUUGAAGGGUUUGCACUAGGAGGGUGUGUUUCUCAGGCCAAACUCGGGUCUCUUCAUUCGACUAUAAUGGCAUGCUUUUUUGCUGUAACAACUCCUUUAGGGGUCGGUAUAGGCAUGACGAUCAGCUCAUUUUACAACCCUUACAGCCCUAGAGCUCUAAUUAUCGAAGGGGUACUUGAUUCCAUAUCUGCUGGGAUUUUGGUUUAUAUGGCUUUAGUUGAUCUUAUUGCUGCUGAUUUCAUGAGCAAAAAGAUGAGAUGCAAUGCUAGACUUCAAGUAGCCUCAUAUAUUGCAUUGUUCCUUGGGGCCGGAUUAAUGGCCUUUCUUGCAGUUUGGUCAUGAUAAAGAAAUAAAGUGCAUAAUAAAGCUACCAAAAUCCUAUAACUACUCUUUAUGAGCUCUUGUUUAGCCUGAACGUGGGCUUAAAACAUAGAAACGCUCAUGAGUAUGUAAUAUGAGUGUUGUAAUUCUUAUGAUCAAGCUAGAUAGUAUGUAGGCUUUUGAGAAUAUUCUGCGAUUUUGCCAGAGUAUGUAUGUACCAUGAGUGUUGUAAUUAUUAUUGGAAUCAAUGAAGGUACCACACUACCAAGUAUCUUUAUGAA